AUGGUUUAUUUGCUUGGUGUUCUACAGAAUGAUUCUUUUCAUCCAGAAAAGAGUGACAACCAAACUGAAGAUUUAAUAAAACAACAUCUUACUGUGAGGAUCACUGAGAUGGGAUAUAAGAUGCAACACGCGGAAGCUAAGACUUUACAUUUCGAAUCAGAGUGUAAUGUGUUGCAUAAACACCUGGGGAUGGCAAAAGACAAGCAAUCAAGCAUGCAACAUGAAAUUAGUUCAAGUCUGCAGAAAAUAUCACAACUACAGGAUGAACUAUCAGUAACUCGACGAAACUACGAAGACCAGUUAAGUUUGAUGAGCGAACAUCUGGCUUCCAUGAACGAUAAAUUAGCUUCACAAAAAGAUGAAAUUGAGAACUUAAAAGUGAAAGUAAGAUAUAAACCAUUGUGGUGA